AGAGAACCCAAAGCACCAUUGAGAGCAACUGCUGAAAUACGGAGUUGAGAAAAACAGUUGAAUGAUGAGUGCUGCUCAAAGUCAAACAACAUUGGAGUCCAAACUCGAGGCCCUGCAGUGCCACUUCACCUGGGAUCUGGACCCCAGCAGAUCUGAGCUUUUACGCCGCAGUGAAAGCUUGGAGGACAUCGGCACAGAGGAGGGAAACAGCUGGCUAGGUCACAUUUACAACCUGCGGGGGUUAAUUCAGUACAAGCUGGGGUUCACCGAAGAUGCCCAGAGUUUCUUCAGCAGGGCUGCAGAGGCCUUCCGCCAGAUAAGACACAGAAAUGAAGGUCCCUGGUUAAUGGUGAACUACGGUAACCUGGCUUGGCUGCACCACCACCUGGGAAACCAAGCAGAGAGUCAGUUUUACCUGUCAAAGGUCGACUCCCUGAUUAAUCAGUACCCAUCUCCAUCCCCGGACGAACUUCAUCCAGAGAUCUAUGCUGAAAAAGCCUGGACCCUGAUGAAGUUCAGCGGAGAGAAAAAGCUUAUCGUAGAUUAUUUCCAGAGAGCCAUCAAGAUGCAGCCGGACAUGGUGGAGUGGAACACCAGCCACACCUUAGAGUUAGUGCAUGCUUUUAAGCACAUCGAUGAAAAGGUGGAGGCUGAAAUCUUCGAAAAAUUAAGAAUCGCCAGGGAACAAGAUCCAGAGAACUUGUACCUCGCUGCUUACUACCUUGAGCAAUGUGCUAAAUUAGGAGAAAGAAUUGAAGAUGAAGCACGUGAGUUAGCCAGAAAGGUUUUGAGAAAUCCUGUCGGCAGCUACGGUGGUAUUAAACCGUUAUUAUGGAUUUACAGAAACUACAUUUCUGUAGAUGAGGCCAUUGCAUUGGCAGAGGAGGCUCUGAAAAAACACCCAGAUGAGCGUUACCUGAAGAGAUGUGCUUCACUCUGCUACAAAUGGAUCAUUUACUUUAGUGACAGACUCCCAGAGCGAAGCAAGAUAGACAGAGCAAUCCGCCUCCACGAGGAGGUGAUUUCUCUUUACCCUCAUUCUUCACUUAUGAAGAAAGUGGACCUCGCUAAUAUAUACGCAAAGUCAAAUUACAGCCAGGCAAAAGCUGAGCAGAUAUUUCAGGAACUGCUAGAAAGGGAUCGGAUAGAAAAUGAUCUGGAACCUACAGACAAACAGAUGCUUUACAACAACUACGCAAAACGUUUGUUUUUCGAUCAUCAGGAGGACCAAAAGGCAGUACAGUAUCACAUGAAGGCGGCAGCCAUACAGAAUCAGUCCUCCUUUCGUGCGAACAGCAUCAGAUUUCUGGAGAGGAUUAAAGACAAAGACAGGAGCCCAAUGUGUAGAGAAAUAGCAGAGUUUCUGGAAAACUUAAAAGAGCUGUAGUUAUUUUAAAGGUUUGAGUGUGUAAGAUUUA